GAUGAUACUGUGGCAAGUGCGGGUUCUUCAACUACGGGCACCGUCGCGUCUGCCGCCAAAGUGGAUGUGAUGGAUGCAACCCAGUUCAAGCAGUUCGGCCUGAUCAGAGUUACUGGCCACAGUACUCGGUGCCAGGCGGUGUGUGGUAUCAAGGGCCUCCAGCGCUUCGACAGAGUGAUGGAGGCAAAGGAGGAGCGCGAGAUGUGGAUGGCCAUGUCGGAGGAGCAGUUCGCCGUUCUGGGUCAAAGCUUGUCGCAGUCGCACAGAGAUCAGCUCGCCCACGCUCGUGCCAUGGCCAACUUCGGGCUGCAGGGCGCGCAGGCGGAGGCGCAGCAGGCAAAUCUACAGAUUGGGAAGUUCUCGCAGCAGGUGCUGCACCAGAAGCAGAGGCUCGCGAAUCUGGAGGAGCAGGCGCAGCAGGCGAUCAUGGCGGCGGUCGAGGCCAAGCAGCAGUUGCAGGAGACGGAGAAGCAGCUGCGCGAGGCCAAGCGGCGCGCGGCGGAGCACCUGGGGCCCCAGGGGCUGGCGCAGCAGGUCGCGACCGACGCGGUCGAGACGCCGAUCAAGGAGGCGCUGGGCAAGUUCGAGCAGGCGGUGCCGUCGAAGAUUGCCCCGCAGCUGCAGGGCGCG